AUGGACUCAGAGGACAUGACCCUCAUGCAAGAUGGACAAGACGAUGGACUAGUAGGGGAGUGGGAGACUGAGCCUUCAGAUGCCAGUGAAACAAUUACCAGCGCCAUCCGCGAUUAUGUGGAGACACCCUUCACUAUUGCUAUCGUUGAUGUUUUUACACUACAAACAAGCGCUUUUAUUCAUCGUGACGCCAAUAGUCUGUCUCCUGCAAUCGACCUUAUCCGUGCUGGCUUUCUCAGUCAUGUACCAGUGUCACCCUCAGUAGCCAUCUCACUUCGUACUCUGGAGCAUUUUCGCCUCCUCCGUCUCCGCAAACCUUCAUUUAGUGUCGAGGCCUAUGUCAAGGUGAUUUGUGAUUCAUACAAGGUACCUUAUAAACGUCGCUGGCGUACUGUACUAGCCGAUGCUUUUGAUACGUACUUGGCCAUACUUCGGCAGGUUGAGCAGAGAGUUAACGCUGCCCUCAGUCGCAGUACCUCCAACUGGCGCAUACUCAACUCAUGCCCUCCCUGCACCUAUGAGCUGGAGGAUGAGCCCUCAUUACCAUUCACUCGCAUGUAUGUCCUGGAUGGCGGGAACUCAGCCAAACGCAUGGCAGGGUUAGGAGGACGUGAGCGAGGAGACACGCGAACAUACACUGAGAGCGACUACAUCCUCCCACGUGACUUUGUUCAUAGCUUUGCCAACGAAGUUCGACCACGUCAUUCACAGGCUGCAGACCCAGUUGCGGGUGUUUCCAAUAUCAAAGAAGAAGAGGACGCACACCCCGAAGAUCUCAUGAUGCAGGUCAUGUCAUCCGACUGUAGCAAAAACUGGAAAGCAGCUGCCGAUGAAGAGAAGAAACGCAUGUGGUCUGUCUUCGAUGAAACGGGGAUUUUUGUUUCCGCUUGUCGCCAUGGCCUUUUGUUAUGGGUGACGGACAUGGUCAGCAGUGGCGAACUUGCGAAAUACCCUCUUGCGAUCAUAUCCAAUGUUAUCGAUGUUCUCGGUGAGCGCACUCUGGGGGCAUAUGAUAUAGGCUGUGGGUUUCAAUCAACCAUCCGCGCAAGCCGCCUGGGUGAUGCAUUCGAGAGGCAAAAGUGCCGUAUGUGUGUUGACGCGUUCCACGGUUAUGCACACAACUACCUAUGUCAAACGAAGAACCAUCCCAACGGAAUUGUUGGUGCGGGCAUUGAAGACUUCGGAACUAUUGAACGUUUUUUCAGUGCAUCAAAUGCUAUUGCCCCUGUUAUCCGAUAUGCCAGUUCAUACCGCCGUCAUGUCUUUUUGGACCUUUUUUUUAAGCAAUGGGAUGAGGAUAAGUACUUGAAUCUCGGUACCAUGAUAUACAACAACUACAAGCAAGCACUUGACAUUCUCUCAACGGAGUCAAUUGCUCUUGACGAAGCAAAGCGAUCACUCGACAUUCAGGAGGGGGAUCUGAAGACUUGGCGUCAGGAGGAGAUCGAGUAUUUCGCACAUCUGGGCAAAGAGACUGAGUGGGACGUUCACGCGAUGACAUAUGUGGAACUCCUACUGAAGCUGAGAGACGCAGAAUCUCAAGCACAGUCUGCAUCUGCACGAUUUCUAUCGACGACUCCAAUGGAUUAUCAGUUCAUAUCUUCUACGGGCACACAGCCUUAUUCCAGCGACAUGACAGCCACGAGGAAACUCGAGACACAAUGUCGGUACAGCGCGGAGCGUCUCGCUACAAUACAACAAGAUGUCGUUUCCAUGGAAGUGAAGAUGGGUAUCACUAACCGGUGGCAGCCUUCGUCACCUGAGUAUCAAGCAACGAUGAAGUAUAUGUCAAACUAUCAGUAUCAACGUGCAUUGGACAAUCUUCAGCGCUUAGUAGUUCAGCGGCUUUUCGAGCUUCAACGACUGAAUAUAUCACAGACUGCUUAUAAGAUGCGCACCCACAUAUCUAAAUCCCUUCAAACUCGGUGUCAUGCUAUCCAAAAUGCUGUCAAGACGUAUAACGCAGCUGCUGCUGCACUAUCACCCCCUCGUCCCCAGCUCGAUUGGUCUAAGGUAUCCCAUUACAGCUUUCUUGAGGAGUUCAACCUCCUGCGAGAUACACGACAAGACGUUCGCGAGAAAAUGUGGGCCAAACCUGCUAUCCGUGCAGUGAUCCGACAAUGGCUACGGAUUGAACGUGCAAAGGAGGAGAUAGAACGAUGCAAUGUGGAGAUACGCCGUUUACACACCGCCAUCAUCGAUGAAGACUCUCUAUUUACCCAAUGUCUCGCCUCGCUCGCAGCUGAACAUGUUAUCGAACAUGUUGCUGUGUACGAAUACUGCUCGCGUCGCCGUCUAAUCAACAUGCAAAUUCACUCGCUUCCAGGAUUCUCCGGCUCAAAUUCCGCAGGCAUAAGGAAAGGAUCCAGAGGGCGUACUACAGAGGAUAUUGCUCUGUCUAGCAGUGACGAAGUCGAGCACGACGACGAUGCUGCACCUGCUGUUGAUGAAGUUGAGGAAUUGACACAGGACAUUGGUACCUUGAUAGAAUAUCUCUCAGACUUAACACUUUAUCGUUGA